AUGAAUCCCCUCGAUUUUGUCCGAUGUGGUAUUGAGAGGCUAGAUUCUUUCUCGAAGGCUGUGGCUGAAGCACAACACAACCUUCGUGGAAAGCAUGACUCUGACUAUUCCGCAGCGCAGAGGGAAGCGUUGAAUGGCUUGUACGAAAAACAUGGAGAUGUGUUUGAUCUGUUGGGCUUCUGGGCCGAAAACGAUAUCUCAGACUGGCGUAUUUUGCCCGUGUCUCUCGCACACGGCUAUUUAUAUUCGCUUCUGAGGGAGCUUAAAGACCUCAUGCCGGCUGACCAUCCGAAGUCCCAAUACUUCACCUUCGAGUCAUCCGUUCUCAAAUUCAUCGCCGAAUGCGAGAAUACUCUCUUGCGCGGCUUUCUCCGGUGGGCCGUCGUGGAAGCUCACACGCCCUCGAGUGCCGUCCAUUCUCUCCUACAGAUCCAUGCUGCCGCUGAUGCAGUGGACUAUGUGGUUCCCAAGCCCGAGGGAGAUAUGAAGGUGGUCCUUGUCCGCGUGACAGACGUGCCCCAGUUGGUAGAUCAUUGGGGCCAGCGUGUUGUCUCCGGCCCAGGUGAGGAGGAAAUGGCGGAAAUAUGCAGGUCGAACAAGCCAAACUUUCGCAGGUCUAUAUUUAAAGGGCUCUUUGUUCUGGCGUGGAAGGUCCCAGGAGAAUAUGGGGACAUGUGGAUGGACGGUCAGGGCUUUGCGAUUCCUGAUGUUCCUGAGUCGAUCUAG